AUGCAGGGAAAUCCUCGAUAUCUGUUCGAGUUUAUUCGGAACGGAUUCGACAUGAACGCUCUUACAUCGAAGACGUCGCAAAGUAGGAUGGAUUCUGAUAAGACUGUCAUCGAACUGUUGUCGAGCUUGGUCAAGACGGAAAGCGACUAUGUCAAUGGAAUGGUGAAGGAGAUGACAUCGCCAGCAAAUCGAGGAAGUGCAAAAGCAGCUGUAAACCUUAGUCCUGAGAAUCGGAAGGCUCUUUCGAACAUUUCUGGUAUCUUGGCCGACUGGAAUCGCUGUAUGCUUAGCUUUGUUCAAGAUAAUGUGGAGAAGAAGUUGAUCUGUGAUCAGCAUUGUGAGGUGGUGUUUGAUCAAGCGAUCUCGCCGGUUCAUAUGGUUCGAGUCUCUGCUGUUUCGACAGAAGUGAGGACUGCUUGGGUUGUUGUAUUGUGGAAGAUUUCAAUAUGA